ACCAAUAUUGUACAACACAUGCUUUAAAAAAUAUUACACUAGUGUUAGUGUUUCGAUAACAAAUUUUAAUUUAUCAACAUAGAUCUAGAUUUAAAACCUAGAUCUAGAUUCUAGUGUAGAUCUAGACUAGAUCUAGUUCUAUACUCUAUCCUAUACACACUCUUACUCAUGCAGUUUAUAUUGUUGUAGAUUCUUCAUUAAUCCAUUUACAUUUCUAGUCCACUCUUUUUUCUGAUUUUUUACGUCUUCUCCUGGUGUGAUGUCUUUUUUCAUUAAGUCCCGCAAAAGAAAAUUUGGUUCCAAGGACCAAAAGGGAAAAUCCAAGAAACAUCCAUCUAAAGCAAAGAGUGCACUUUCAGAAGAAGUGGAAAGUGAAUCAGAUGUUGAUAGUAGUAAUGACUUCACAGAGACAAGAGAUAAAGUGUACAGUUCUGAAGAGGAAGAAGAAACAGCACAGCAAAAACGUCUACGUUUGGCAAAAGAGUAUCUUUCAAAACUAGAGGAAGAAGAAGCUGAUAAAAAAGCAGAUGAAGAAAACUUAAGAGAUGCAGUCUCAAGUAGACUUCAAAAUGACAUUUCUGAACAAGCUGGUAAAUUAACGAAGCAAAUAGCAGACCUGUGUUCAUGCCCGCAAGAGCAAGAUCUGCGAAUAUUUCGUGGACACAGUCUUUCAGUGACAGCCAUUGUUAUAACCCCUGAUGACAAGUUUGUUUUUACAGCUAGUAAAGAUUGUAAUAUAUGUAAAUGGAAUUUAAGCACUGGAUUGAAAGAAAAAACAAUUAGAGGUGGCAAGAAAGGAACAGAGGACGUCCACAUAGGACACACAGAGCAUAUAUUGUGUUUAGCCAUAUCAAGUGAUGGAAAGUUUUUGGCUGCCGGUGGUUUGUGUAGUAUGAUAAAGCUGUGGAACCCAGUAGACUGCAGUUUUAUACAUAAAUUUAAAGGCCAUAGGGGGCCUGUCACUGGUCUGUCGUUCAGGAAAGGAACUCACACACUGUUUAGUUGUUCAGCAGAUAAGGUGGUCAAAGUGUGGAGUGUUGAUGAUCUGGCUUAUGUAGAAACUUUGUUUGGUCACAAUUCUCCUAUAACAGGGAUAGACAGCUUGACAAGAGAUAGAGCCAUCACAUCUGGAGGGAGGGAUAAAUCAGUGCACAUAUGGAAAAUCAGUGAAGAUUCACAGUUGCUUUUUCACGGGCAUGAUGCUUCAAUUGAAUGUGUUUCUCUAAUCAAUGAAGGCAAUUUCUUUACUGGUGCAGAUGAUAACUCUGUUAGCUUAUGGAGUGUCUUGAAAAAGAAACCGUUAACCACUGUGAAAAAUGCUCACGGGCUGACUCUAGGUGUAGGAGAUCAACACUGGAUCACAUCUGUUGCUGCCUUACAGUACUCAGAUCUAGUGGCUUCAGGCUCUAAAGAUGGACAUGUAAGGCUGUGGAAAUGUAGCAAGGACUUUAAAUCCUUAACGCUGUUAUUUAGUGUGAAAGUGAAAGGCUUUGUGAACAGUUUAAAGUUUUCAAGUAAUGGAGAUUUUCUUGUGGCGGGGGUCGGGCAAGAACAUCGGAUGGGGAGAUGGUGGAGCUUAAAAGAUGCUAAAAAUGGAUGGGUCAUUAUCCCUCUUAAACCUGGGGACAAAACAUGAUUGCAAUACAUGGAAUGUUUUUUAUUAUUAGAAUGUUCUAUUGUAAUGGGAAUUUGUUAUCAAUCUUGUAUGAGUGAUUUCAGAAAAGUUGUUCAUGAUAUAUAUUUGAAUGUUUUGAUUUUAGAAAGCAACUAGGAUUGUAUGAGUGUUGUUUGUUUUUUUAUCUAUGUGAUGCUAUGAAGAGUUGAUUGAAUAUGUAAGCUUAAAUGAGAAUAUCCAAUUAAUAAAAAUACU